CCAACCAGGGUCAAAUUGACAUGUUUGGACUGCAGCCCUUGUCUCCAUUGACAGUGCAUAUUUAAUGCAUGGUGGUAUUUUAUGGAGCGAGGAAGAUGUUAGGUAACUUGGUGAAAGGUAUCAGUAGCUUAUUUCCUGAAUCACUCCCCACACUGCGCGUUCGCGCACUACUUCCUGGCUGCUUUCCGAAGAUACGUGAAGGACUUUCUUCCUUAUUUUCACUUUUUCCCCGUAGAUGAUGCAACGAUGAUUUUCCUCUUGACUAUAUUGGCAAGUGUUUUCCAAACAGAUGAUGCAACGAUGAUUUUCCUAUUGACUAUAUUGGCAAGUGUUUUCCAAACAGGUUGGACGGGUGUCAAUGAGCACAGCUUCAUAGCUGUGAAACCGGAUGGUGUGCACCGGAGGCUAGUGGGAGAGAUCAUCCAGCGCUUUGAGAAAAAGGGCUUCAGAUUGGUGGGAAUGAAACUAGUCCAGGCGUCCGAGGAUCUCCUGAGAGAGCACUACAGGGACCUGAGAGACAAACCCUUCUUCAAUGGAUUGGUGCGCAACAUGAGCUCUGGACCCAUCGUUGCCAUGGUGUGGCAAGGUCUGGAUGUGGUGAAGAUGUCUCGCAAGAUGCUGGGGGAGACCAACCCGGCAGACUCCCUACCAGGAACCAUCAGAGGAGACUACUGUUUGGAAGUGGGCAGGAAUGUGAUCCAUGGCAGUGACUCUGUGGAGAGCGCUCAGAGAGAGAUCUCUCUGUGGUUCAGGCAGAAUGAGCUACAGUGCUGGGAGGACAGCAGCGGACACUGGAUCUAUGAGUGACACACACACACCACUUGUAAGACCACCCAAGUGCCUUCAGAAACUAUUCAUACCCCUUUACUUUUUCCACAUUUUGUUUUUCCAAGCGGGAUUAAAAUAGAUUUAGUUGUCAUUUUUUUCUGUCAACGGUCUACACAAUACUUUGUCAAAGUGAAAGAAAUUCUAACAUAUGUACAAAUAUUCAUGAAAAAUUGAAAACAAAUAUGUCUUUGAUAAGUAUUCAUACCCUUGAGUCAAUACAUGUUAGAAUAACCUUUGGCAGCAAUCUUUCUGGGUAAGUCUCUUAAGAGCUUUGCACACAUGGAUUAUACAAUAUCUGUACUUUGGAUGUUGAUCAUGCUAGACAGCUAUUUUCAAGUCUUGCCAUAUAUUUUCAAGCUGAGAUGAAUGAGAUGAAAUAAAAGAUCCCUGAAAUGUU